GGAGCGUUCGAACUUCAUUCGUUCUUCCGAAAGCCUACUGACAGGAGCCGAAAGAAAACUACUACAGCCAUGAAUCCGAUUCCAAUUUUCGCCGUGUUCCUGGUUCUUGGCGCUGCAGCCAUCGUCAACGUUUCUAGUCUUCCGAAUUACGGUGGGAGUUCGUGGGCAGUGAGUCCGAAGGAUUGUUCCCGAAGCGAGGUCUUUUCAAGGUGCGACGGUAACCCAAGUUGCCAAAAGACUUGCGACAACUAUAACGAGCCCAUCCCUUGCACUCGGAGCAGCGGCCUCGAAGGAAAUAUGUGUUACCCUGGCUGCGUUUGCAAACCUGGUUUCGUCCGCGUUGCACAAGGCGACCAGUGCAUCCCGUUGGACAAGUGCGAAGGCAGAGUCAAACAUUAGUCAGUUUUCCCUUUUGCCGACAGCACAGUAUUCACGCAUCCGGAGUUUUAACUUUCAACGCGAUUGAUCCUCUAAUUGUCACAACAUUCACUUGUAACACUUGAAGUUAAUUAUUAAACUAUGCGAUAUUCACUCUGA